AAGGUGUGGCAGGAAGUGGGUCUGAGUGGGAGAGCCACAGGAGCCAUAGUGAACGCCUUGUAUGCGGCUGUGAGAGUGAUCUGAACCGCAGGCUGAGACUAACGGAACGGUGACAGGCCAGCUGCUUUACCCGCUGUAUUCUCACUCUAUACCGGCUGUUUGUGUGUGAAAGACCGGAGUCAUGGCUUCCCGCUCUCUGUGCUCCCUCGCGCUGCUCCUCGCGCUGCUGCUCCCUCUGGAAGUAGUCCUUUCUCAGGACUUCAAUCUAGCUGAUGCUGUGGGUGAUGAUGACACAAGUAAACCAUCACCGCCCCCCGCCCCGAAGCCAGCGGCACCAGCUGGAGGAGCAGAGGCAGGAGCAGGUUUUGAUUCAAUUGGUGACAUCACCACCAUUACCACCAAAGCCCCCUCCAAGGCAGUAACCAAGGCCCCGUUCAAGCCCAAACCCAAGCCAGCUGCGGACUACUUUGACCUGUCCGAUGCCUUGGACCCCAACAAUGACAUUGGUGGCAAGGAUAAGAACAAGGGGCAGGGAGGUGGAAUUUCUGACAAUGAUCUGGCAGAGGUUGGUAAAGAUGAUACCUACAAACCUGACGGAGGCAAAGGUGGACGUGGUGACGAUCAGAUCAACCCCCGUGAAGACAACAAUGAGACCACAGCAGAAGUGGGCACCAUCGCAGGGAUUGUUAGCGCAGUUGCUAUGGCGCUGGUGGGAGCAAUCACCAGCUACAUCUCCUACCAGAAGAAGAAGCUGUGCUUCGGCAUUCAACAGAGCCUGAAUACUGACAUGGUGAAGGCUGAGAACCCUGAGGCUGUGGUGGCUACAGAACCACAAGUCCAACAGACUCUCCUGGAGCCUGCCAGUGCUGAACCUCCCACUGAAGAGAACGCUGUGUAACACACUACACACACAACUUAGAACACACACACAAAGGUCAACCACCUACAUGCGCUAUUUGUCCAAACAUCCCCCACCUAACACCCCUCCCUGCACACACACACACAGCCAUGCUACAGAAUAGACUGUUGUGUAGCAUGUCCUUGUUGCCCUGCAGCUCUGUGCUAUAAACGUUGGGAUUUGUAGACCUUUUUUGCUGAAUGUGAACACAUGGCCGAAAGUGUAACAAAUCUUGCCAAAUGUAUCUGUAAAUAGUAAUUUAUUGUGCUGUUUGAACACCACUAACAAUGUUGGUUUGCAGUUAUCCGGCCUUCAGCAUGUACUUAAAACAAAUUUAAAGAGCGGUUCAUCUUUUUACACCAUGGGGAAAGAAGCUCCUCUGGGGUGUGUGUCGAGCCUCGUAGGGAACUGGAUUACUUUAUUGAUUGAUUGGGACAAUGAUUUGUCAGUGAUCACUGCUAGUUUCCGGAGUGAACGAGGGAGCGCUUUGAGACACACUGUUUCUGAGAGUGAAUGAAGACCAUUUGACCAAUAUUCCCCAAAAUUCAAAGCCUCGUAGCAACUGAUUAUGUAAUCACUUGUGAAAUGUGAUAAGGUAGUCAACAGUAGCAAGUGUUACCUCAUAGAAAAAUAACAUGGUACUCUAGGGACAAAUCUCAUACAACUCAAGUUUUAUCAUGUAAUACCAAUGUUAAUCUCUUAAUCCUACAACAUGUGAAUUUUUUUAUUUAAUUUAUUACAUUAUCAAUUUGCUAUAUUAUCAUUAUGAGGUGAUCCUCUGUGAUAAUAAUGUUAUAUUUAAUAUCAUGAUUAAUUGAAGUUUCCCAAGCGCUCCACUAUAAGUGAAUGAAGUCCAUUAGUGGGACGUACCUCAUAGAACUGACUGCAGGUAGUUACUGUUUACAUCAUGUGACAGUGACAUCACUAGUUGCUACAUGUAGCCUGACAUGUUGUCUAUCCUGAUGUACAAAGUUGCCUUAUUCAGAUUUGGAUCUUUUUGCAGUGGGAUAAAAAAGGCGUCCUAACAUUUCCGUCUACUUACAACCUGUGACUUUUUAUAGUGUAAAUAUAUUCCGUUUUGUUUCAAGUAGCCUUUAAUGACGAUGCCUAAAGAAGGGAGCCUGGCUUAGUUUUCCAAAUUGGUGAUGGUGAAAUGAUUGUGAAGAGUUAAAAGAAAUUGAGCGAUGGGAUUAGAUUUGUUAUCAAAAGUGGGAUUAAAGUUCAGGAAAUUCACCAGACUUGUAGCAUGUGGCAUAAAAAAACGAUGCUAGCUUAAUCAGUUCCCCUGCAGUUAGAGCUUCAAAAUGCACAGCGUGUUCUUUUCUUCAGGGGGAAGAUAUUUGAAAAGGAAAAUAAAUAACUUUGGCACUUUGUUCAGGAUGUGGCGAGGCUUGUGGAAAGGCACAAAAUGUGAUUUUUGUUCAAGAUUAACUGCUAUAUUCAGAAGAUAAUAAUGUUAGUACUAUGUUUUAUUGUGUUAGCAAUGCGGUGCCAGUGUGUGCAGAAUAACUCAUUUGAUCUUUUUCUCAUUGUGGCCAUUUUAAAAUUACAUUAAUGAUAAAUCUACAGGGACGUUGAAUGUAUAAAAGUAGCAUCACAUUAUCACAAAACUCUUUUGAUACUGUAGACCAAAAAACUAUUGCCCAAUCAUAAAUAGAUUUCGACAAAUAUCAACAAUAACUAGAUACCCUUAUCAUAUACCAAUUCAAUGGUAAUAAUCUGCACCAAAAGGUUAUGAGAUAUUAUUCUAUAUAUAAAGAAAUCCAUGAUAAUAUUAUUGAAUUAAUAUAACCUUUGUUAAAAGUCUUAAGAAUUGUCUAAACUUUUCCCACUUUAUUGCGAUUUCAAUUAUUUCCUUAGUAUUCUUUAAACAGAAGUGUAAAGACAUACCCGUUCUGAGCGCCCAAUGGAAGGCCAAUAGGAAUGCUGCUGUUAUAGCUUUAGUCCCAAUAGCCAAUGACUGGGUUCGGUUGGCAUGAUUGACAGCCACUGGCUCUCUGAAUUCACUGUCUGAAUAUGGGCGUGCACUGUUAAAUAAUUGGGCAAACCCUUUUUUUUAAGCAAACAGAAGCCUUUGGUAGACUUCAAAAUGGCCACAAUGGAACAAGAUUUUACAAGAGUGGGAAAGUAAGGUAUUUGUGAAAGAUGUCCGAUGUGUCCCAACAGCCAAUGACUGGGUUCGAUUGGCAUGAGAAGAGAUUGAAGAAGUUGGCACAAAGACAAUACUGGUUAAGAGGAUAUGCAUACAAAAUAUAGAAGUCUGCUUUAGCCGUGUAGAUGGAGUCAGCAGCAGUAGUUAGCUUUAGAUUAUUGAAUAGCGUCAUAACGAGUGUUUUUGGAAAGUUGUGAUGGUUGUACAUAUUACUGUGAGCAGUUCUGUGUUUGUAUUUUAGUCUGUAAGAGCAUAUUUAUGCUCCAUAUUUUACUCUUUAGUGUAUGCGUGUGUUUACACUCUUUGCCUGCUCUUUUUACACUUUGUACCCAACUUUCCUAAUAACUUAGCCUAGCAUUUUUGUAGAUAGUUAACGCUUCCUUGUUCUGUACUGCCAAUGCUUUGUUGAUCGCCUGAAGAGGUCUCUUAAGUUCCUGAGCGAGAAUGAGGGCUGCAUCUGAAACCAUUCACUGUUUUCUAAACUGUCUGAUAUUUAGUCUGUCGGUCGUUUUAUAGCACUGCUCAGGAUCUCUGGUGAGAAUGAUUGAACCCUAUUUAGUGGGCUUUAAAUAUCUCCAUAUUUAAACAUAGUGAACUAGAACGCACUAGGAGAUCCAAGAACUCCGCCAAGACCCAUUCCCUAUGAAAGGGAUACAUAAUUGUGUAUCCACCCCAUGAUUUCGGAUCUGCUCCAAAUUGUAAUGGGUUCAUGAUUGGAUUGGUAGUUUUCUUGUAAUUCCGGUGUCGAACAAACGGAACCGAAAUAAGUAACCCAUUGGCGGAGGUGAAAAUGCUGCGUUCAUGUCACAGGUGAAUUGAAGAUUUACAACUUCCUAUACCUUCUUAUGUGCAAAUCUCCACACAUCCAGCUAGUGCUUGGAACCAUGCACGCCUCUUGAAAUGUGCAAUGGUUCCUUGGUGGCAAUUGAGUAGUUGGUCUUUUGUACCCUAGAACCAAUUAAUUCACCUUUAAAAACAAACCAGAUAGCCAAUGUUAGGUUGUUAACGCCCAAAAAACUAGUUGAAACAAGCGUGACAUGAACGUGGCGCUGGAUUGAUAAUGACCUGAGUAGUGUCUGAUAGAUCUGUAUCUACAGAAGUGAAUGCAUGAAGGAUGUUUGCUGUGGCAGUAUGUGUAUGAGCUGUAAAAAGCGUUGGUGGUGUGUUCGAUAUUUGACAGGAUGCAGCGCAGUCCUAUGCCACACCCUGGUCUUCUCAAUGUUGCCUUGGAAAAUAAGACACCUCUACCCAUAGUUCCUUUGUGGUUGAUCCUACUGUAGAAGUCCUUAAACACUGCUAAAAUGCAACCUUACACAGUUUGGAGUUGCUUUUGGAACAAAGUGUUUAUGGACUAAGAGUGUUGGGAGCAGUGAUAAUAAACUUGCUUUGCCUGGGGGCCGCUUUGGCAAAAUGACAGGAGGUCAGGGGCCAGUUUAUAACUGAACCUUGCUCAGGUCGAAUUGGUAGCAAGAUGGUCUAGGUAAGGCAUUGAUCUUGGACGGUUGAGGUUAGGACAGGUGGUAGGGCAGAGGUGGUAGAGUUUUUUAAGACUUGCGCUAAAAUUGCCAUUUAGACUCAACAGUUUUCUGAGGUAAUUUUAGAUGAUUGAAGAUAUUCAGUGCUUGGACUUGACAUCAAUUUGGAGGUUUGAGGCACUUUUUUUGGUAAACAAGCUCCAUUAGUGUAUUUUAAUUCUUUUUUAAAUAUCCCCUUGUGAAUGGUUGGCGAGCCACCCUAUCGGCUGUAAGUUGAGUAUCACUGGGUUGGAGUAACAAACCUAAACUCAUGUGUUCACCUUGUAAGAGUCAUGCCCUGCCAGCUGUAAUUCAAAUGGUGCUCCUCUCUUUGCCUUAUACCCUGCAGUCUCACAGGGACGCGCCACAGUAUUCAUCCAACACCUCCGUAGCUGCACCCUGAGCAAGAGGAACACACAGAGCCUUCAGCUCCUUUGGGUGGUUACCUGGAGUGACCGUCCGGUAGCAGCACCCAGAGGACUGAGAGGCCUGAGUGUUUGGUCCAGAUCUAGCAGCUGAACCUUACACAAAGCAAACGCAAAAUGACAAACCUUUCUGUUUACUGAAUGUAUUGAAUGUCUUUUGUGAUAUAGCAAAAACCUUUGGCCUGUAGCAAAAAUACAAAUUCACCAAAGAUUCAGCAUUGAUUGAGAUUGAAAUUGCCUUUAUGUAUUGGGGUUGAAUGAAAAAAGGUUUUUGGAAUAAGCCUGAAAGAAAAUAAUUGAAUCUGGGCUUGGAUCUUAUGUAACGCUAAUUUCAAUUGGUUUUACGGUAAGAUAAAACGUGAUUGAUUAGAUUGAAGGGUAUCAUAUAAUUACCAUGCUCACUUUGAAACACGAUGUGCGAAUGACUCAGUUUUUAUUGCCACUGUGGAUGUUGAUACUGCUUUAAGAUGCAGCUAAAACAAUUAUCCUCGAACACGUGCCAUACUGCUGUUUGGAAUCGGUUGCCAGGAGUGCUCUCUGAAAAGGAUUAGGGAUCAUAUAGGUCCGUAUAACAAAGCGUGCUAAAACAACAAUAUACAGAUCUAACAUCAUGCUGUAUUGAAGAAGAUUUGGAACAAUUAAUUGAGAGAAUAAACUUAUCAGAAAACAUUUUACUAAGGUAAUAAAUCUUAUAUAAAGUAGGGUCAUUUUCUCAGACUAUUAUACAAUCAGGACCUCUCUUUGCAAACACUGUAGUUGCCCCCUGCUGGUUACCCCUAGGUAAAGAACCAAAUUGUAUUAUCCCAUAAUGCAACUCUAAAUCGUUACCAUAUCAAAUCAAUAGGCGUAAUCUAUAAAUGUGGUUAUCGUAGCAACACAAUUUGAAUUAUGCAAAACUGCCUCCUUAAGUGAUUGUACUAAUUAAGCCUGGAUUACAGUUAGCUCGCUUUGUGGAGUGUUUAGAUCUGCAUUGUAUCAGGGCAGACGUGCCUGAGUCCUCUUCCUGCAGUACACUCUAGUGCCUGUCAGCGGGCCAUGCAAAGCCCGCCCAAAUACAACCACCUCACGUCCCAGUUUGAGAAAACACAAAGAAAAUCCCAGUACAGCUUUCCAUUAUUUGAUAUCUGAGGGCUGGCUUUGCAUGGCCCCCUGUCACAUACAACACACACACACCUUCAGCAUACUGCUCUCAUACACACUUAAUGCAUGCUUUUCUCUACAUACUGUAACCAUAUGGUGGAGUGUAUGAGUGUUGAACUCUGUGUCUUCCUGACAACUGAAUGUUGGACAGUCUUCAUUGCUUGAAGUGUAAUAGUGAACUCUGCUUUUUCUCUUAUUCCACUACGAUAAGUCUCUGGCAAUAUGUUACGGAAACUUUUUACUAAUAUGAACCAAUAAAAUGUUUAAAAAGA